ACCAUGCAGAUCUUCGUGAAGACCUUGACGGGCAAGACCAUCACCCUGGAGGUAGAGCCCAGUGACACCAUCGAGAAUGUCAAAGGGAAGAUCCAGGAAAAAGAGGGCAUCCCCCCUGACCAGCAGAGGUUGAUCUUUGCCGGGAAACAGCUGGAAGAUGGGCGCACCCUGUCUGACUACAACAUCCAGAAGGAGUCCACUCUGCACCUGGUCCUCCGCCUCAGGGGGGGCAUGCAGAUCUUCGUGAAGACCUUGACGGGCAAGACCAUCACCCUGGAGGUGGAGCCCAGUGACACCAUCGAGAAUGUCAAGGCGAAGAUCCAGGACAAAGAGGGCAUCCCCCCUGACCAGCAGAGGUUGAUCUUUGCCGGGAAACAGCUGGAAGAUGGGCGCACCCUGUCUGACUACAACAUCCAGAAGGAGUCCACUCUGCACCUGGUCCUCCGCCUCAGAGGGGGCAUGCAGAUCUUCGUGAAGACCUUGACGGGCAAGACCAUCACCCUGGAGGUGGAGCCCAGUGACACCAUCGAGAAUGUCAAGGCGAAGAUCCAGGACAAAGAGGGCAUCCCCCCUGACCAGCAGAGGUUGAUCUUUGCUGGGAAACAGCUGGAAGAUGGGCGCACCCUGUCUGACUACAACAUCCAGAAGGAGUCCACUCUGCACCUGGUCCUCCGCCUCAGGGGGGGCAUGCAGAUCUUCGUGAAGACCUUGACGGGCAAGACCAUCACCCUGGAGGUGGAGCCCAGUGACACCAUCGAGAAUGUCAAGGCGAAGAUCCAGGACAAAGAGGGCAUCCCCCCUGACCAGCAGAGGUUGAUCUUUGCCGGGAAACAGCUGGAAGAUGGGCGCACCCUGUCUGACUACAACAUCCAGAAGGAGUCCACUCUGCACCUGGUCCUCCGCCUCAGGGGGGGCAUGCAGAUCUUCGUGAAGACCUUGACGGGCAAGACCAUCACCCUGGAGGUGGAGCCCAGUGACACCAUCGAGAAUGUCAAGGCGAAGAUCCAGGACAAAGAGGGCAUCCCCCCUGACCAGCAGAGGUUGAUCUUUGCCGGGAAACAGCUGGAAGAUGGGCGCACCCUGUCUGACUACAACAUCCAGAAGGAGUCCACUCUGCACCUGGUCCUCCGCCUCAGGGGGGGCAUGCAGAUCUUCGUGAAGACCUUGACGGGCAAGACCAUCACCCUGGAGGUGGAGCCCAGUGACACCAUCGAGAAUGUCAAGGCGAAGAUCCAGGACAAAGAGGGCAUCCCCCCUGACCAGCAGAGGUUGAUCUUUGCCGGGAAACAGCUGGAAGAUGGGCGCACCCUGUCUGACUACAACAUCCAGAAGGAGUCCACUCUGCACCUGGUCCUCCGCCUCAGGGGGGGCAUGCAGAUCUUCGUGAAGACCUUGACGGGCAAGACCAUCACCCUGGAGGUGGAGCCCAGUGACACCAUCGAGAAUGUCAAGGCGAAGAUCCAGGACAAAGAGGGCAUCCCCCCUGACCAGCAGAGGUUGAUCUUUGCCGGGAAACAGCUGGAAGAUGGGCGCACCCUGUCUGACUACAACAUCCAGAAGGAGUCCACUCUGCACCUGGUCCUCCGCCUCAGGGGGGGCAUGCAGAUCUUCGUGAAGACCUUGACGGGCAAGACCAUCACCCUGGAGGUGGAGCCCAGUGACACCAUCGAGAAUGUCAAGGCGAAGAUCCAGGACAAAGAGGGCAUCCCCCCUGACCAGCAGAGGUUGAUCUUUGCCGGGAAACAGCUGGAAGAUGGGCGCACCCUGUCUGACUACAACAUCCAGAAGGAGUCCACUCUGCACCUGGUCCUCCGCCUCAGGGGGGGCAUGCAGAUCUUCGUGAAGACCUUGACGGGCAAGACCAUCACCCUGGAGGUGGAGCCCAGUGACACCAUCGAGAAUGUCAAGGCGAAGAUCCAGGACAAAGAGGGCAUCCCCCCUGACCAGCAGAGGUUGAUCUUUGCCGGGAAACAGCUGGAAGAUGGGCGCACCCUGUCUGACUACAACAUCCAGAAGGAAUCCACUCUGCACCUGGUCCUCCGCCUCAGAGGGGGCAUGCAGAUCUUCGUGAAGACCUUGACGGGCAAGACCAUCACCCUGGAGGUGGAGCCCAGUGACACCAUCGAGAAUGUCAAGGCGAAGAUCCAGGACAAAGAGGGCAUCCCCCCUGACCAGCAGAGGUUGAUCUUUGCAGGAGUCCACUCUGCACCUGGUCCUCCGCCUCAGAGGGGGCAUGCAGAUCUUCGUGAAGACCUUGACGGGCAAGACCAUCACCCUGGAGGUGGAGCCCAGUGACACCAUCGAGAAUGUCAAGGCGAAGAUCCAGGACAAAGAGGGCAUCCCCCCUGACCAGCAGAGGUUGAUCUUUGCCGGGAAACAGCUGGAAGAUGGGCGCACCCUGUCUGACUA